AUGUGCUGGACACUUCUCCCCCAAUCGCUCUGCAUCAGCUGCGGCUUUCCCGUCCACUUCCCCCAGAUCCAAGACCCCUGCCACGCUGUCGUCUCCAACGGGCUCCCUUUCGCCACCUGCGGCGACAGCCCCUGGAUGGCCAUCCAAGGCCCGGAGGACGUCACCUGCUACGACUGCCUCGUCCUCCACUUCCCCCAGGAGCCGAUCCCCGAGAACGUCCACCGCCGCAGCGACCGCGUCUACCGCAUCCCCCGCGCCUCCUUUCAGCCCCUUUACGACCCGUCGCCAGCCGUCCCUGGAUACCCGGCAUUGCUGGAAGCUCCUCCUCGGCCCAGCUCGUCAAACUUGCGGCGUCCUCCUCCCGCCUUCGGGGCAGGAGUCCCUACCAACACCCUCAGCAUUAACAAUUAUCCUGACACCAGCACGGCAGCUGUCCCGGGACGUCCAUCUACGAACUCAGGAGGACUCUGGCCGUCUCGUCCGAGAGGUGGACCCUCGCGGAUGCGAUACGGACUGCAACCUAGCCCUCAAGUCACCAACCAGUCCGGUCAAGGAGCCAUGGCCCUCGCAACAACUUCCUCAGUGCCGGCUGCUGCCCCCGUCGCCCCUCGAGGCCGCGGCCGCGUCACAUAUGCUGCUCCCACCACACGCGGAACCCACGCCCAGCAGCUCCCAGCUCGAACCGUACCCAGACCUCAUACUCCAAUGCCAGCCCCUCGCAUCCAGCCCACGACCGCCCAAACCGAGGACGACGACUACGACGAGGAAGAAUACUACUCUUCCGAAGACUACGCAUCCGCCACCAACCCCUCCUCCUCCGCCUACUUCUCCGACUGGUCCUCCUCCAACCCGCACUCCGGCCAGCGCCUCACCCUCCCCGGCGCCGACUCCCCCUUCGGCUGGGGCCACACCGCCCCGCGCCGCAACCCCACCACCACCCCCGUCGUCGCCAACUUCCUCUCCGACUACCUCGCCUCGCCCACAUCCUACGCCCCGCCGGCAUCCGCCCGCCUCCCUCCCGCGCCCAUCCCGAACGCGCAGCCCAACGACGCCGCCUGGAUCCCGGUCUCCUGGGGCGAAGCCGCGGAGAUGCCCGCCGACCUGGCGCACACCCUCAACGUCACGACGGCCGACUGCGUGUUCCGCCAGCACCGGGUGUACUUCGUCCCGGACCUGUGGGAGACGGACGGCGAGGGGGAUACCGUGCUGGUGGUCACGCCGUGCGGGACGCGGGUGCGCGUGCUUUCGUAUUUGCUGUACGUUUCGACGAGCGCGGCGGUGAACCAGCGCGCGCGGGAGGCGGAGCUGGCGGCGCAGGAGGCGGAGAGGCGGCAGAAGAAGGAGGAGAAGAGACGGAGGAAGAUGGGGAUGUGCAUUUACCACCCGUGCCGUGUAGCGGGGUGCCCGUGUGACCAUGAGGUGGGACAGCAUCAGCCGCUUAGUAUUGGGCAUUUCUUCAAGGCGAAUAGGAGGGUGAGCGAGGGGGAGGAGCAGCAGCAGCCGGAGCGAAGGCGGUCGUCCAUUAAGGGAAAGGGGAAGGAGGUGAGGUUUGAGGAUGAUGUGGAGGAGCAGCGUGGAAGAUCGCCUACGAGGAGAAGCUUGCCGCCCCCUGGAGUCACAAUCCAGCCUGUACAGGAUGACGAUGAGGCCCUCGAGACGCCUUCGACACUGCACCUCAGCCCUGUCAAGACGACCAACCGCGCGCCGAGGAAGUUGGUGGAGAAGGAUGGAGAGGUGAAGAGCAAGCCAUUCAAGGACCUUACGAUGCACUCAGAUGGGUCUCCUUCCCCUCCUCAGCAGCGACGACUCCUUCAGAGCGCGCGGGAUGAGGCCGUUUCUACUGAGAAUACGACGGAUAACACGACUGCUACUGUUGAGAGUGAAUCUCAGGAGGGCUCGCAGGGUGCUGCUGUUGCUAGCUCAAGCAGAGCCGCCCAGUCUGAGGCACACCGCAGUAGCAAGGCGCGUGCUAAGUUGGGUGCCAAGUUUGAUAUGAGCGAUCUGCGCAUUGGAGAAGAUGACGAUGAGAUUUUUUGA